AUUUAUCAAAUAAUAAAAAUGAGCAACAUUCCACCCUCUCAACACCCACCCUAAGCUCCAUAACCAGGUCCAUACUAAUAACCAACAUUCUAACCAGGUUUCGCUCCAUAAUAUGCUCCUGCUCCAGUUGCAUAUGGACCUCCUCUUACCUAAUCCCCAUUGAGAUAUUCACAACCACUUUAUUAAGCACCAGUUGUUCAACAACCAGUCUAUGCUUAACCAGUUGUUCAACAACCAGUGUAUACUCAACCAGUUGUUCAAUAACCAGUCUAUGCUUAACCAGUUGUCUAACAACCAAUUGUCACACAAUCAGUUGUUGCUUAACCAGUCGUUGCUCAACCAGUUGUUGCACCAUAACCAAUCCAAGGAGAAAGCAGAAUUGAAUAUGUCCCAUAUGAGAAGACAGUCAUAGAAUACGAGGAAGUCAGAUAAAGGAUUUAAGUGCCAAGAGAAAAAUAUGUUACAGAUUAUUAUGCAGUGGAAUACCAAACCGAAUAUGUUCCAUAAGUAUACUAAGAAAAAUUCACAGGUAAUAAUUAACUCCAUAUUUAGAAUACGUCCCUGUUGAUAGGUAUCAAGAAAGAGUUGAAUACUAUCCAGUUGAAAGAUAAGUUGUUCACUAACAAGUCUAACCCGUCCAAUAAGUUGUUGCCUAACCAGUUGUCUAACAACCUGUCUAAGUUGUCUAAUAACCUGUCUAAGUUGUCUAACAACCAGUCCAGGUUGUUCAACCAUAACCAGUUUAAGUUGUUUAACAACAACCAGUCUAUUAAUAACCAUUGGUCUAAUCCAUUCCAGUUUAGACUGUUCGUCCACCAGUUUAUGCCCCAACAACAACUCUUCCUUUAGGAUAAACUGUUUCCCCAAGACAUCUUGGUAACACUGUCCCAACCAAACCAUUAGACAGAACAUAAGUAUUUUUUCAUUAUAAUUAUAUUAUUAGGGUCCCAAAUAACCAGCCCAAUAAUAGAACAAACAAAAGAGCUUUUUGGAUAGAUUAUUUGACAGAGAUUGAAAUGAACAAUUAUGAAUAUUUUUAUAAUGCACAAAUAAAAUUUAAAAUUUU